AUGAAUGAUGCUUUUCCGAUGCCGCCACCGACUCACAAACCGUCCUAUGCAGUUGUGCUAGGCCCGCGGCCUGUUCACAAACAAGACAUUCCGACACAUAAAUUCUUUGCGCUUAAGCCGAAAAAACACGACGAUGAAGCUUCUUUAACUAUUCUCUCCGCGCUGUACCAAAAGCAAGUUGAGGAGUAUAAGUUUGCGCUGAUAGGACGUCUUCUUCUUCGUAAGGGAGAGAAGCCUAAACCUAACUUGGAACUCAAGAUGGAACUUCAGAAACUGUGGAAUAUUCAGGAGAGUUGGUGUUUGAUUGCUAUGGGAAAAGUUUGGGUCUGUAUCUAUAACCUUCCUGUUGAAUGCCGCCAUCUUGAGGUUAUUGCUGGGAUUGGCAGGCAUAUUGGACUCCCUUUAAAACUGGAUAAUGCCUCGAUACAGGGGGAGUUUGGGCAUUUUGCUAGAAUUCUAAUUGAAGUGGAUUUAGCGCUUGAGUUACCAUCUUCGCUUCUCAUUAACUGUGAUGAGGGCUCUUUUUAUACUGAGUUUAGUUAUGAACGCCUUCCUCAUUACUGUACCAGUCUGUGGCGGGCGAAAGACAAUAUCGUUAAUCCGGUUGCGGGGAAUGCUCAGGAAAAGGAUGUGUUGCAACAAACGCAGCCUACAAUUGAUGUUUACGGGCCAGAUCUUCUUGAGAGGUGCUUGGUGCCAGUGGAUUUUAGGAAGGAGAAUGAUGAUGUUGUGGAGACGGAGACUCAAGGUUCUGAGGGAUCAGAUUCAGAGUCGGAGGCUGACAAUAUUUUUGAUGAAAGAGAUUUCAAAAAUUAG